CCGGCUGUCAGCUGAUAGUCCCUUGCUUUUGCUUUCCAAAACCUAUUUCGAUUUUCGCAAAGAAAACGUCAGGCACCAUUCAACAUGGGCUCGAAAUACGCGAUCAAGAGCUAGUUAUAGCUGAAAUAUUGCUCUAAUUGUAGUGUUAUCGUUAUUAUAGUUUCAUUUUACAUGUACGUUGUGUAACUUUUCAAUUAGUCGAAAAUGGAUACGUUUAUCACAGGAUACUUCAGUUAUGGCGUUUGUUGAUCACUAAAAAAUUUCAUUCGGUUGAUAAUUUUCUUUAUAUUUGAUGUCCGUUUUUCGUUCGUGAUCGUCUGUUUCGUUCGCGUUUACGUGUUUACUCGAAAUGGUGAAGGAGAAGCCAAAUUCGAUCCGGAUCUACGAUGAGGAAGGUUUCCGACGCCGUGCGGCUUGUAUAUGCGUGCGGUCCGACGCCGAAACGGAGGUGUUGCUAGUGACAUCAUCUCGGCGGCCGGACAACUGGAUUGUGCCGGGCGGCGGCGUGGAACCCGAGGAGGAGCCGUCCGUGACGGCCAUGCGGGAGGUGCUGGAGGAGGCCGGCGUCAUCGGCAAGCUGGGCCGCUGUCUCGGCGUCUUUGAGAACCGCGAACACAAGCACCGUACCGAAGUGUACGUGAUGACGGUCACCCAAGAGCUGGCCGAGUGGGAGGACGCGCGCCUCAUGGGCCGCAAGCGGCAGUGGUUCUCCAUCGACGACGCGCUGGCCCAGCUGGCGCUGCACAAGCCCAUCCAACGGCACUACCUGCAGCAGGUGGGUCUCACUCUAACGCAGGGCUCGUGUGGACGCGGGAGCGGGACGGCUGAAGGUCUGAAGUGUGCGACGGUCAUCAAGAGCUGGCCGAGUGGGAGAACGCGCGCCUCAUGGGCCGCAAGCGGCAGUGGUUCUCCAUCGACGACGCGCUGGCCCAGCUGGCGCUGCACAAGCCCAUCCAACGGCACUACCUGCAGCAGCUCCGACGCAGCCGGAAGCCGGACCCCGACGGGAGCUAAGCUGUGUCCUGACAGGUUAUUGUGAUGUUCGCUGUCGCCUCCCGCACCUUGCCACAUUCUGACCUUCGACACAAGAUAACUUGACACAGAGUACGAACUGCGAAUACGUUGGGCUUUCUUUAACCUUUUGGACGCCAAUGACCGAUAUAUCCGCACCGCAGGUCCAACGCCAAAGACUGACCACAGAGCAACAUAUACCUAAGUGCAUACGCAUAAAGUUCAAUUUCAGUUUUGACACUUCGGUGACGUGGCGUCCGAGUGACAGCUUUUGUGUUUGACACGGCGUCGAAAAGGUUAAAAUCCAUAAAUUCCGUUUUAACCUUGUGAAGUCCCGUGUCAUGAUUAUAUUGGGUUUGGACUCUAUACAUACAGUGCUAAAGUUAAAAUUUGUCUAAAAGUGAUGACGUCAGUGGGCCUAGGAGCUUAAGUUUGCUUUAUAGUACAUUGGUAUACUGUUAUUUUCACAUUAUAAUGAACUCUGCAGAAGUAAGCACGUGUUUGUAAAUCAGGCCGUUAAUGCGGUAAAGUUUUGACUAAUUAACGUCUAUUUUAAGGUAUCUAGUGUCUUGAUAUCUUGUAACUUGUUAGGUUAGAAUGGGACGGUCCUGGGAGGCAUAACUUUCGCAUUAUACAUUGUAGAUGCCGCAUAUUUUAAUCUUCUACAAUACUAUUUUAGCAGUGUUGGCUUUCGAUUUGUCCUAGUUUUACACCAGUAAUUGUAUUUAUUAUAAUCAUAACACGUAUUUUAUUUAUGAAUAGACAACUGUUUAGUUAUCAUCUCAAACAGGGCUUAAUGUAUGGGCAAUUUGUCCGUGUCGAUAUUGAAUACCUUGACUGGACAACGGGGCGCCUCGCGAGGCAGCUCUGUCUGUAAAAAUGCCUCUCCCGAGUCAUUUGGGUCUUUAGCGUUUGUGUGCAUGCCUAUUUAAGUGAAAAAUGCUGAAAUAAGUUUCACUAGAUGUCGCUUCUACAUCGAAUGAUACUCCCAUAAGCUAUGUCCACACUGUGCCUUUUUACGAUAAACAAAAACAUCUAAAGAUGUGACGAGUUACGGCAUAACUAUGGUCUAAGUGUUACCUUCAAGACUAAUACCCAAGUGAAAUAUAUUUUGACAAAUGUCAAAUGGCCCAUCACUGACAGUCGGGUGCCAUUAUGGCACCGCCAUAGUCGUGCACAUAGCCCAUUGGUGAGUGACGUUUUUGAAUAUUACGAAUGCAGCGAAAAACUGAACUCUUUUUUUAAAGUAAGGAUAGAUCCCUAAGCCAACACUUUCAUAUUCGACCGCUAUAGGGAUGGGUAUGAGAUUAUUGUUAUUUUAUUAAGGCGCCCAGUUUGUAUCGAUAUACUGUCCUAUAUGAAUGACAAAUGUAAUUUUAAUGAGAAAUUAUCAUAGCAUGAAUGAACAUUUAUACUGUAAAUUAAGACAAUUUUAAUCAACUGACAAUAGAUCUGUUUCAUGUUUUAUUGUACAUUUUCAUUUAAUUAAUUACUGGAAUUGUAUUCUUCGGACAUUCACAAGUUAUUUUAACUCAUAAUAGGGCAGUAUAAAAGUGAAAAUGUAUACUUAUUGUACUAUUAAUACAACAACUGCAAGAAACCACUUAAAAGUCUAGACUUAUAAUUAUGUGGUAUCUCGCAGUAAGAUUUUCAUAAAUUUUAUUGCCUGUUUCACAAUAGACAAUGUGGAGUUGCCACUCGGUCAUAAAAUGCCAUAUCCUCAAAAUACCAUAGAUUCUAAACCCUGAACGCCACGCCUAUCGUGUUACCUUGUCGGAAUGCACUGAGCUAUAUAUUGGGCCGCGGGCGGCAGUUGACGUCUUUAGUGGUAUAUCUUUCGCAACAACAUACCUAUCGAGCUUAUGAAAUAUCAGUUUCAAUCAUUUGUAUCUAUUACUGCUUUCUGAUUAGUUCAGGGACCGAAUACCGGUAUAUUUUUCAUACAAAUUGACCGGUAUUCAAAUUCGGUAUCUUGGUUUAUGUAUAUUUUUGCACUUAAUUUAGCUAAUCUAUACUAUUUUAUAAUAUCAAAGAAAUAAUGUGAAAGUUAUGAGACUUAUGAGAUAUUUUGAUUUUUAGUUAUACCGGUAACGAUUCCUGGAUUAGUUACCAAGUUGGCGAUGGACCAGCAGGUUGAUGUUAAAUUAUUUAUUACGUACCGGUUGUGCUUAGAUGAACUUGUAUCAUAUCAAAUUGUCCCGUGCAUAAGGGGUCAUCCAUUAAUUACGUCACACGUUUUGGGGGUGGGAGGGGGUCAAGAAAAUGUGACAUAUUGUGACAUGGGGGAGGGGGGAGACACAAACUUUGUGACGUAAACGAGAUAAGAUAAAAUAGUCGUGUUUAUUUAUUUAUGAGCUCCUUGUUCACUUCAACACGUCCGAGUGCGACUGUAUUAUCGACAAUGAAAGGAACCUCUGGAAUAUCUAGUAAACAGAGUCUUGGUAGUUUGAAAAUGUGUCAUUUUAUGAUUUUUUUAGAACAAACCAACGUUUUACAGGCAGAUUCACGAAAAUUGUCGAAAAUAGAAUGAGUGAAACUGAAUGAUAUAUCCAUUUUCAUUUUAUUUGUGGCAAAUUUCGUGAAAUUACCUUUAAACAUGCAAUACAUUCUCUCCCAUUCAAACUUAGGUUUUUUUUUCAUAAGAUAGUAGUAAUAAAAUUAAAUUUUCACAGUCAAUAUCUAAUGAAUUUAAAUGUGGAAUCAGUCUGACAUUCACAUUGGCCUGUCACUGGUUAGGUUAGGUUACCGGACUGAAACUCGGCUAGGGAACUUCAGCGAAAACUGUGAACCUUAUGUCAACGAAAUAAGGAUCACUGUUGGACGCGUUCGACGAAAGUUUGUAAGAGAAAAUUGACAACGCGCGCGUAGAAUUUUGAGAUUUUCAGCUUGUAAAGUGACAACCAUAAAGAGAUGUUAUGAUCCUUGGCAACCCCACUUUUCGUUUUGAUUUAUUUCUUUUACUUGGCUUAGUAAGGUUUCAUUCGCACUAGCGUUUCUACAACGCGCGUUUAUAUGAUACAAAUGGAUACCCGUGCAUUUAUUCACACGAUGGCGCUGGCGCUUUUUUUAACGAGCGUUGUUGGAUUUUCGACUUUGAGUGUUGGCCGUUAAAUCGAAUUUAGCGUUCGAAACUAACUAACGUCAGGUAUUAACGCGACACUUUUAAAACUUUCGUGUGAAUGAGGCCUAACAGUUAUACUGAAUGUGUAGGUACAUACUCAAAAUCUCGUGUACCUUUAUAGAUUGAAUGUGUUAUCUAAAUAAAUUUGGGGUUGCUAUUGAUUGAUCAUCUCGCCAGCAACCCAACAUAAUUUAUAUGUCAAUUUUGCGUUUUUAGUAAGACUGAAGGCGUAUCCAGACUAGUCAAUUUUUGGCCAAUCUGAUUAAAUUGCCCGAUCGAAUCAGGACGUGCGGACGCAAACGCCAAUUUGGCUCGUCGAAUUCAACCGCCGAUAGUGACCGAUAUUACCGAUAAAAUGAGGUGCGGACGCAAGGAUACCAAUUUGUGAUGACAGUAUUUUCGUUCUGGGGCAUUUUUUCAAUUUAGAGGGCUCUAAUAUCACCAUAAAUCUAAAAUUGGUGAUUAAAUUGGAGAUUGACGCAAAUUUCAUUUCUGAUCAAAUCGGUCGAUUUGAUCAUCCCGUCUGGAUACCGCUUGAAGAAAGCUAUUUGGAGUGCUGAAUCGUCAAUGAAAAAAAAACAUAAAACAGAAAGUGGGGUUGCCAAGUAGAUGGUCAGUAACCUAGUGUUAGCGAAUUUGGUAUUUAUUUUUUAGACAUUAGAGCUCAUUUUUGAUGUUUUCUGCGCGCGAGUUAUCACUUUUCCUCUGUAACGUUGGCGGUAUCGGUAGAUCAUCGCUAUGAACACUUCUUUUCUAUUUUUACGUAUAUUUUUAUACUACGAUGGAAUAAAUGUUAAUUUUAUUUUGUUAGCAUUAAAACGAAAAAGACAUCGCCGAUAUUUUUAUUUAAAUUAAAUCUUGUUUUUUUUUUAAGUAUCCUGGUAUAGUUUUAAUAAUAAAUUUAUAUUGCUCUUC